AGGACUUCGGCUCACUUCUGCGAGGCCUGGGUAGAUUGCUGGAGAUAACUGCCACAAAUGCUGAACCUGGAAGUGCGGUUCAGAAUCAGAACUAGUAACUUACGUUUCUUUGGUAGAUUGUAAUUUACGAUGUUUCUUUGUUUUGUUUUACCUACUGUGGUCGCUGUUACGUGAGGACGUGUAAAUUCCCACCGUAUGAUAGCUGAAGAGUUGGUUCGGGUGUAGAUUGGACUAUAGUAGCUGCUAGGAGUCCCAGAGCCGGACGUGUAAAUGUUUUCUUAGUCUGAACCCUGUGUCCUGUUCUUUGCACACUAUUCAGAGUCUAGCUUCUUCUCGGCUAAGAGAGUUGGAGAGCGGGCAUCUGUUAUUUUCCAAUAGAAUGAUGGAGUCGGUGUGGGUGGCGCACGCCUUUAAUCCCAGCACUUAGGAGGCGCCUUUAAUCCCAGCAUUUGGGAGGCGGAGUUCAAGGCCAGCCUGGUCUUCCCAGCCAGUUCCGGAACAGGCUCCAGAGCUACACAGAGGAACCCUGACUCGGAAAAAAAAAAAAAAAAAAAAAAAAAGGAAUGAUGGAGAGAAACCAGUGCGAUCAAGUCUCCUGUUAACAAAAUUUAACAAACUCUGUAGGGAGUAUUCUCUGUAUAACCUAGUCAUUCAUUCACUCAGUGCCCUACUCUUGUACCUACUAGAGAUAGGGUAGCAAACAAAAAUACCUCUUCCUUCUAGCUGUGGGGAGACUGAAUGAAAACAAAUACCCAGUCAUAGUGGCAUUUCAUUUGUAUUUUAAUAGAUAAAGCUUGCCUGAAGAUCAGAGAGUAAAACAACUCCACAAACCAGGCAGUGGUGACACGCACUUUUAAUACCAGUAGCCACAUUAGUUGCCAUAGAAACCAGGCAGUGCACGCCUUAAUCCCAGCCCUAGAAGGGAAUAUAAGACAGGAGGAGGCAGCUCACAGACACGGUCUCAUUCUGAGAUUCCUGGAGGCAGGAUCAGGAUCGUCAUCUCAGGCAUAGCAGCUACACAGAAAGAUGAGUGAGGAAUCCAAUGAUGACAAGAAGCCAACGACUAAAUUUGAACUGGAACGAGAAACAGAGCUUCGAUUUGAGGUGGAGGCAUCUCAGUCAGUUCAGCUGGAGUUGCUGGCUGGCAUGGCAGAGAUCUUUGGCACAGAGCUGACCAGAAACAAGAAAUUCACCUUUGAUGCUGGUGCCAAGGUGGCUGUUUUCACUUGGCAUGGCUGUUCUCUGCAGUUGAGUGGCCGGACCGAGGUGGCUUACGUCUCUAAGGACACGCCCAUGUUGCUUUACCUCAACACGCAUACCGCCUUGGAGCAGAUGCGGAGGCAGGCGGAAAAGGAAGAAGAGCGAGGCCCCCGCGUGAUGGUUGUGGGCCCUACUGAUGUGGGCAAGUCCACGGUGUGCCGGCUGCUCCUCAAUUACGCAGUGCGCUUGGGCCGCCGUCCCACGUAUGUGGAGCUGGAUGUGGGCCAGGGCUCUGUGUCCAUCCCUGGAACCAUGGGGGCCCUCUACAUCGAGCGGCCCGCAGACGUGGAGGAAGGUUUCUCCAUCCAGGCCCCUCUUGUGUAUCAUUUUGGCUCCACCACUCCUGGCACCAACAUCAAGCUUUAUAAUAAGAUUACGUCUCGUUUAGCCGACGUGUUCAACCAGCGGUGUGAGGUGAACAGAAGGGCUUCCGUGAGCGGCUGCGUCAUCAACACCUGCGGCUGGGUCAAGGGCUCCGGGUACCAGGCCCUGGUGCAUGCAGCAUCAGCCUUCGAGGUGGACGUGGUGGUGGUUCUGGAUCAAGAACGGCUGUACAACGAACUGAAAAGGGACCUGCCUCAUUUUGUUCGAACUGUGUUGCUUCCAAAAUCAGGGGGUGUGGUAGAACGCUCCAAGGACUUCCGGCGGGAAUGUAGGGAUGAGCGCAUCCGUGAGUAUUUCUACGGAUUCCGAGGCUGUUUCUAUCCCCAUGCCUUCAAUGUCAAAUUUUCUGAUGUGAAAAUCUACAAAGUCGGGGCACCUACCAUCCCAGACUCCUGUUUACCUCUGGGCAUGUCUCAGGAAGACAAUCAGCUCAAGUUAGUACCUGUCACCCCUGGCAGAGAUAUGGUGCACCAUCUUCUGAGUGUCAGUACCGCUGAGGGGACAGAGGAGAACCUUUCUGAGACAAGCGUGGCUGGGUUCAUUGUGGUGACCAGUGUGGAUCUGGAACACCAGGUGUUUACCGUGCUGUCUCCAGCCCCCCGCCCGCUGCCUAAGAACUUUCUUCUCAUCAUGGACAUCCGGUUCAUGGAUCUCAAGUAGUGUUAGCAAGAGUCUCACUUUCUGGACCAUGGAAAUCUGGCCAUCACCCAAGGCAGAGGGAAUGAGAUUUGGGGAUCUUAAGGAGCCGACGAGGAACAACGGUAGGAGCCAUACUUCUGUACUCUGAACCAAAAGGAGAGACUAAGAAAAAAAAAAAUAACUAUUUUUUUAAAGAUCACCUAAGGUGCCACUUUAAAUAUUCCAAGACCCUGGAUAAUUCCAUGUCUUCCACUGUGCUACCAUGAGGGGAUUUUUGUUACUGCUUUCUGAUCCAUAUAUAGUUCUUGUUAUAACCAGAUGAAAGUGAGAUAAAGUUCAAACUUGAAAAUAUUUUAAUAAAUAUCAUUGCCAUAUUGU